ACCACUAUACAAGUUACAAACUAGCAACUCGGGUGUUGGGUGAUAUUUAUAGAUUGGGCCGGCUUAAAAACCACUUCAUCAGCCCAACCCGGUUUUUUUACACACUCAAACCUGCAACAUUUUGUUUUCUGAGUUCCUCUUUAUCGCUUUCUCCUGAAAAACCAAAACCUUAAACCCUGUAGGAUGCUGACGAACACAGGUUAUUCUCCGAUGAGAAUUCAGUCUAUACAAACACCCUUUGGAUUCGAUAAAGCCCAACUGAGAUUUGCAACGACAACAAUAACAUGUGGAUUAAGAAAACCCUUGAGAACAAGACGACGAACUGAUGGGGUUUUGUCAACAGAAGCAAUCCAAGCAGUUCAAUCCCUCAAAUUAGCUGCCAAAAACCCAUCCAAACUUCACCAAGUAUUCAAUUCAAAGCUCAAUCGUCUGUUGAAAGAUGAUUUGUUGGAUGCUUUUGCUGAGUUGCAGAGGCAACAACAUCUGGACCUUGCUCUCAAGGUGUCAGGUAUUCGAAUUUAUCAGAAACGAAGCAUGGUACGAACCAGAUCACUCUCUAUACGGCGACUUGAUGUUAAUGUUUGGAAAAAAGAAACUGAUAGAUAAAGUCGAAAAUCUAUUCUUUGACCUAAUAGAAGAAGGCUUGAAACCCGACACACGAGCCUACACAGAGCUAAUCGGAGCAUAUCUUAAAGUGGAUAUGAUAGACAAGGCAAUGGAAACAUAUGAAUCGAUGAAAGCAUCAGGUUGCAUACCAGAUGAGUUGACGUUAACGAUUAUGAUAAGAAAUCUUGAAAGCGCUGGCAGAGAUGAUCUUGCUGCGGUUGUAAAGAACGAUUGUGUUGAAUAUCUGGAUUCUCCAAAGAAAUUUCUCAAAGAAGUUGCCAGAAGAUAUCCGAAGAGAUUGAGACUGAACCUGGUUUGAAGAGUAGUAGUAAUAGGACUAAGCUUACUAUCUUGUUACAUAUAUGAUGAUAAACUUUUACGGGGCGUUUGGUUCGUGGAAUGUGUAGGAAUUGGAAUUAGGAAGUUUUUCUUUGUAAAAUUGAUCUUGGUUGGGGAGGGAGGAAUUUGAAAUCCUUCACUCUAAUGAAA